AUGCUAUCUAAUCUAUUGAACUGUGUACAAGAUAUUUGGCAGAUACAUUCUACUGCGGUUCUAGUAGCUAUAUUUGCUGCUUUAAUUAUCUACAUCUUCUACUACAGAUAUAUCACUAUUCUACAACAUUUCGACAAAUUAGGCAUACCUGGACCUAAACCAUGGCCUAUUCUAGGCAAUAUACCCGAAAUUGCUCGACUAGGCGGUCAACAUCUAGCUCAUAUGUAUUACACUAAAAAGUACGGAAAAGUAGUCGGCUUAUUCUAUGGUACUGAACGAUUAACCCUUGUCUCCGAUUACGAGAUAAUCAAAAAGAUAUUAAUCAAAGACUUUCAUUUAUUUCCUAACAGACGAUUGCCAAUAAAGUUUCCAUUCGACUACCUUGAUAAAAUGUUAGCUUUUUCAAGAGAUCAAGAGUGGAAAACCAUUCGAGAUACUAUCACUCCUACAUUUAGUGCUAAUAAGUUAAAAGCAGUAUUACCAAUUGUCGAUAAUUCGUCACGAAAGCUUCGAUCUGCUUUAAUAUCUUACGCACAACAAGGAGAAAUUAUCGAUGCACGAGACGUAUUUGGGAAAUUUACAAUGGAGGUAAUCUUAAGUGUCGCGUUUGGCGUACAGCUAAAUACUCAAGAUACUACUUUAACUAAUGCAGCUUCCAAAAUGCUUUCUGGAAUACUAAGGAGAAUUCUAUUUACAAUAAUAUCGCCUAGUUUGCUCGAACUAAUCAGAAAAUCACCGUUAGACUUUGAAGCUAAAUAUUUUCAACAAUUAGAUCAUGCAGCUCGCCAAGUUAUCAAAGAGCGGCGUCAAUCUAGCGCUCCUAAGAGUAAAGACUUCUUACAAUUAGUGUUAGAUGGACGAGAAUCUGGUAAAUUAUCGGACGAAGAUAUUAUUGCUCAAAGUUUUGUCUUUCUACUAGCUGGUUACGAAACUACUGCUAAUACUCUAUCUUCUGUGUGUUACUUACUUGCCGUUAAUCCCGAUGUUCAAGAGAGAUUAAUUAAUGAAGUUGACGAUGCAUUCAGUGGAGUCGACGACGAUUUAAGUUAUGAACAAAUAUUUGAAUUAAAAUAUUUAGAUAUGGUUAUUACCGAAACAUUAAGACUUUAUCCACCUAUUCCUAUUAUUAUACGCGAAGUAGCUCAAGACUGUACUAUUGGAGAUUACCAAUUUGUUGCUGGAACAUCAAUUAUGCUAUCUACUUAUGCCCUUCAACGUGAUAGCGCAGAAUGGCCUGAUCCAGAAAAGUUUAUACCGGAACGGUUUACUCAAGAAGAGAAACAAAAACGUAGCUCGAUGAGUUACUUACCUUUUGGUGCUGGACCAAGAAUCUGCAUUGGUAUGAGAUUUGCUCUAAUGGAAAUAAAGAUAGCAUUAGUAACAGUGUUACGAACAGUUAAGUUUAUUCGUGUUAAAGAAACCGAGGUGCCAUUACAACUAAAUGCCGGAAUUACUAUUUCACCGAAAAAUGGUAUCAAGAUAGGAUUAGAGGAAAGGAGUUCACCAUAA